UAAACGGCGGCCAGAAGCGGUGGCUUUAGGAGGCAGCACUGCCAGCGGAUACCACACAGCCUCGGGUUGCGGAGCCAGCAUCGCAGGCACCAGGCAUUGCAGCAGACAUUGUGCCGACAGACGGCAGACGUCCACCCAGCGGCCGGGUGCAACCAAGACCCCACAAUGACUCUGAAUAAUGUCACCAUGCGCCAGGGCACUGUGGGCAUGCAGCCACAGCAGCGCUGGAGCAUCCCUGCUGACGGCAGGCAUCUGAUGAUCCAGAAGGAUCCCCACCCUUGCAACCUCCGCAACGGCCACUCCACCGCUCCGGAAGACCACUGCCGGCAAAGCUGGUCCUCUGACUCCACGGACUCCGUCAUCUCCUCUGAGUCAGGAAGCACCUACUACCGAGUGGUGCUUAUAGGGGAGCACGGGGUGGGCAAGUCUACCUUGGCCAACAUCUUUGCAGGUGUGCAUGACAGCAUGGACAGCGACUGUGAGGUCCUGGGAGAGGACACGUAUGAGCGCACCCUGGUCGUUGAUGGAGAGAGUGCCACGAUUAUUCUCCUGGACAUGUGGGAAAAUAAGGGGGAGAAUGAAUGGCUCCAGGAUCACUGUAUGCAGGUUGGGGACGCCUACCUGAUCGUCUACUCUAUCACAGACCGCGCGAGCUUUGAGAAGGCUUCUGAGCUAAGGAUCCAGCUCCGCAGGGCCCGGCAGACAGAAGACAUCCCUAUCAUUUUGGUCGGCAACAAAAGUGACUUAGUGCGGUGCCGAGAAGUGUCUGUGUCAGAAGGGAGAGCCUGCGCGGUGGUGUUCGACUGCAAAUUCAUCGAGACCUCUGCGGCCGUGCAGCACAAUGUGAAGGAGCUGUUUGAGGGCAUCGUGCGGCAGGUCCGCCUGCGCCGGGACAGCAAGGAGAAGAACGAGAGGAGGCUGGCCUACCAGAAGAGGCGGGAGAGCAUCCCCAGGAAAGCCAGGCGCUUCUGGGGCAAGAUUGUGGCCAAGAACAACAAGAACAUGGCCUUCAAGCUCAAGUCCAAAUCCUGCCAUGACCUCUCUGUGCUCUAACCACUUUGUGUCACCCAGAUGUCCCCCUAGUGGACAUCGUUGAAGGUCUCUGGGACCAGUGAUCUAUAUUAGAUUGACUACAUAAGCAUUGUUAGAGAUGGCUUCCCCUAUUGCGGAUGGGAAUCGACAGGUUAGCCUCAUGGGCAACCACGCGCACGCGCAGGGAAUCUUUGUCAAGAGUCAGUAUUUAUUCGUAGAACAGCUUGGCCUGCUACACGGACACCUGAGACUCGUUUAAGGGCAUGUCUGGGGUUCACAUGAGCUUUUAUUCCCUCUUCUAUGGGAAGCAGAAUCUCGAAACUUACCAAGAAUGCCUAGAACAGGCAUGCCUCAUCAUCUAAGUUUCGCCCAGGUUUGUUCUCUGUGAAUCUGAUGCCCUGAGUCCUGCAGAAACCUAGGGAAAGGGCGUAGCUUGUCGGAAGGGGGGGGGCUUUCUGCGCACGUGUCUCCUUGGAGUGGCAGUGCAGAACUGUCCCCGUCACGGCUGUGAAGAGAGGCGCUGGAGUUGGCUGGGUGGAGACCGAUGGGGAGACCGACGCGGACCAACAGAGUUUGCUUAGGGACCACAGAGAUUUGCAGACAUCGGAGCUGAUCCGUGUAGCACUCAGAGGUUCAAAAAAUUGUUUACUUAUGUGUCUUAAACAAUUGUUUA